GAAUCACAAAUUUUCUUAUAUAUAUAUAUUUUUUUUGCUGCCCUGUGUCGUAUAUUUCUUUAGCAAAGAACUUUCCAGAAAAGAAGGUUCACAAAAAACUUGCAUAUGACACGUUUUCUAAAUCAAUAAACAGCGUAUGUAAUAGACAAAUCAUAUUCUUCUUUUAAGUUCUAACACCAACAUGGCAACCCUCAAAAUCACCAAAAAGCAUCACAAGCACUUAAACAACCCUUUCCCAUCGACACCAAGAUCUCUCCCUUUCAUUCAAGGAAGCCUCUUCUUUAAUUCCCAAACAGUUCCCUCCCACCAAAUCUUCCCAGUUGGAAGAGAUUUCCAGCUUCUUUGGAGCACCAAAAAUGGUGGGUAUAUUUCACUUUCUCAUAAGUCUCAACCAACAAAAGUCCUCUGGUCCACCAUUCCUGGACAAGCCUUUGUCUCUGCAGCUAUGGCAGAGACAGAGGUUGAAGAAAGUAGAGGAUCCUUUGCUAUAGAAGAUGGAGACGUUCAUUUCGUGUGUGAUCAUCAAACAAUUGAAGAUAUUAGAGUGACCAAUGAGCUAGAUUAUAACCAAGCUAGUGAUCUUGAUUCAACUGAGGAUUUGAAGGAUACCCAAUUGCCUGUUUUGUUGAUAACAGGUAAAAUAUUUAGCAAAAGGAAGAAGAAAAUGAUUCAACAAUCUGGAAUUUAUAAAGAAAUAGACUUUGAGACGAGAGGACCUUCCACUUCUGCAAAGUAUUGGGUUCUGUUUAACCAAAAGAACAUUAACCAGAUUGGAUUUCAAGUGAGAGUUGGAGAACCCAACUUUUUUGAAAUCCGAUCAAGAGCUUCACCAACUCGUUUUGGGAAAUAUCAACGGUUAAGGUUGAAGCUGCGAAGAUUUCAGAAAAGAAAACUCCGAUGGUUUAGAUUGUUUACAAAGCCCAGAGGGUUCACUGCAGUUUCCUCAUCCUCAUCAGAGGAAACAGAAAUAAAGGUUGCAGAGUUGACAGCAUUCAACAGAAUCUGCCUUAGCUAUUCAAGUGAACUCGAUGAAAGGUUCUAUGGUUUUGGAGAGCAAUUCUCUCAUAUGGACUUCAAAGGCAAAAGGGUACCUAUUUUUGUUCAAGAACAAGGAAUUGGAAGAGGAGAUCAACCUAUUACAUUUGCAGCCAACUUGGUUAGCUACAGAGCCGGGGGUAAUUGGACUACAACUUAUGCUCCUUCACCAUUCUACAUGACAUCAAAGAUGAGGUCUCUUUAUCUUGAUGGCUAUGCUUACUCCGUGUUUGAUUUGACAAGACAUGAUAGAGUUCGCAUACAGAUACAUAGCAGUUCAGCUGAAGGAAGAAUAUUGCAUGGCAACUCACCUUCUGAGCUUAUUGAACACUUAACAGAGACUAUCGGCAGGCCUCCAGAGCUUCCUAACUGGAUUAUAUCUGGAGCUGUUGUUGGAAUGCAGGGUGGAACAGAAGCUGUACGACGUGUUUGGGAUGAACUGAAGGCUUAUAAGGUUCCCAUCUCAGCAUUUUGGUUGCAGGAUUGGGUAGGACAAAGAGAGACAUUGAUUGGAUCACAACUUUGGUGGAACUGGGAAGUGGAUACGACAAGGUACAAGGGGUGGAAGCAACUAGUUAAAGAUCUCGGUGGUCAGCAUAUUAAAGUGAUGACAUACUGCAAUCCCUGUCUAGCUCCGACAGAUGAGAAACCAAACCGAAGGAGAAAUCUUUUUGAGGAGGCAAAAAAGUUGGACAUCUUAGUGAAGGACAAGCAUGGAGAACCAUAUAUGGUUCCAAAUACAGCUUUUGAUGUAGGAAUGUUGGAUUUGACCCACCCUGAUACUGCAAGAUGGUUCAAGCAAGUUUUACAGGAAAUGGUUGAUGAUGGGGUCAGAGGGUGGAUGGCUGAUUUUGGUGAAGGUCUACCAGUAGAUGCCACCCUUUAUUCAGGUGAAGACCCUAUAUGUGCCCACAACAGAUACCCAGAGCUGUGGGCCCAAAUAAACCGAGAGUUUGUGGAAGAAUGGAAAGAAAACCGUGUAGGUAAGGAGAGAGAGGACCCAGAAGAAGCUUUGGUCUUCUUCAAUAGGGCUGGUUUCAGGGACAGUCCCAAAUGGGGAAUGCUGUUUUGGGAAGGAGACCAAAUGGUUAGUUGGCAGACCAAUGAUGGGAUAAAGAGUGCAGUUGUAGGCCUACUAAGUAGUGGACUUUGUGGAUAUGCUCUUAAUCACAGUGACAUUGGAGGCUACUGUGCAGUAAACUUACCUUUUAUCAAGUAUCACAGGAGUGAAGAGUUGCUCAUGCGGUGGAUGGAACUAAAUGCUUUCACAACUGUUUUCCGGACCCAUGAAGGAAACAAGCCAUCUUGCAACAGCCAAUUCUACUCAAACCAGAAAACUCUCUCUCAUUUUGCACGCUGUGCUAAAAUAUUCAAAGCUUGGUAUUUCUACAGAGUCCAACUAGUAAAGGAGGCAUCCCAGAGAGGCCUCCCCGUUUGCCGCCACCUAUUUAUCCACUACCCAGAUGAUAGUCAUGUACACAGUUUGAGUUACCAGCAGUUCUUAGUUGGUACUGAGAUACUAGUGGUGCCUGUACUGGAUAAGGGAAAGCAAAAUGUCAAAGCCUAUUUUCCAAAAGGUGAAAGUUGUACCUGGAAACACAUCUGGUCGGGAAAGUUAUUCACAGAACAAGGUUCUGAAGCUUGGGUAGAAGCUCCAAUUGGUUAUCCUGCUGUAUUUAUUAAGGAUGGCUCCUUAGUGGGAGAAACAUUUAUACAAAACCUGAGAAAUUUUUACAUUCUUUAAUAAGGCAGUCCUCAAAGAGGGCCACAGUUGCUGUAAAUGAAAUUAAACAUUUUUCUAACAAAUAUACCAUCAUUCUUUAGAAUUCUGCUUCUAA